CCCUCGCAAGAUGCGAGCAUCCGCUCUGGCCAUCGGCUGCUUGGCUCUCGAGGCCCUCGGUGCUAUCGGGGCGACGGACCACCUCGUCGACCUGGAACGCGUCUUCAAGGAGAGGUCGAGGGCUGACUGGGAGAACGCCUGGCACCGAGAGACGCACGCGAGGUGCCGCGAGACGUUGCUUCGUCACCUCUACUGGGCUUGCGAAAAGGACAUUUACGGGGUGAGCCGUCGUUCUGGUAGUCUUCAGCGACCUCCGCCGCCCCCUUGGGUGUCGGGGUGGCGAGCCAAGGAGAUGGUGCGGUACCGGCGGGACCUGAAGAGGCGAAGUCAGACCGCCGUCGCAUCCAUAACUCAGGAAUGCUGCGCCGGACCAGGAUGUACCUGGGAGGAAUACGCGGAGUAUUGCCCGGCGAACAAACGCGUCGACAAGCGGACUCAUCCACCAUCGGGCGAACAGGAAUAG